AUGAUGGACCUGUUACCACAGCGACUUGUUAGAGUGAUAGUUGAUCAACUGGAUACACCUGAUAUAGUAUGUCUAUCACUUACAAGCAAGUAUUGGUAUGACAAUAGAUAUGGAUAUACAAGAUCAUUGAACAACUAUGCUUUAAUCAAUGGUGACAAUCAAGCUCGAACACCAUUGGCUCCACUUCCAGCAUUCAAAGAGAUACUUUACAAGAGGCCAGAUAUUGCCAAUGAAUGGGUGUUUGGCAAGAACUUCAAUCAAUAUCCUCUUCAGCAUCAUUGUCCACCAUUCCAUGACUCCUUGACCAUGUUGACGUUUGGCAUGGCUUUCAACUGUGAGAUCAUUCCUGAUUCAUUGCCACAAUCAUUGUCCACCAUCAUAUUUGGCGAUCAUUUCAAUCAACCUCUCAAGGAGGGAAGCCUCCCUCGUGCCCUGACCACUCUCGAGUUUGGGUCGAUAUUCAAUCGACGCGUCAAGGAGGGUCACUUACCUCAAUCACUCACCAAGCUUUCAUUUGGUAGAUGUUUUAGACAACACCUUGGGCCGCGAGUCCUCCCACCCAAUCUCCUUGAGUUGGAGUACUAUGACUCCUACAGGGAGAGGAACGGUGUGACGAGGGGCAAGAUUAGUGAAUGGCAAUCGAUUGUCUCACCUGGCAUGCUUCCACCAUCACUCCGUACUCUGAAGUUGGGUGACUCGCUAACCAGACCUUUGCAGCCAAGAACAUUGCCGCCCAAUCUUGUUAACUUAAAGCUUGGUAACGCAUACAAUCAUCAUAUCGGACCGGGUCUACUACCACCAUGCCUCGAAACACUGGAGCUUGGUAUCGCAUUCAAUCAAUCAUUGGACAAUCUUCCUACAACACUCAAGCUUCUGAUCUUUGGCACAAACUAUAAGAUGCCGUUGUUGCCAGGCCAGUUACCACAAUCACUUACCGACCUGCUGGCACUUGGAGGCAUCUCACAACCGGUGGACCCAGACACAUUCCCGCCAUCAGUCACCGAGUUGCUCAAUAUGUCGUGCAAUCACCAACUUGUGCCAGGCACUUUCCCACCACGGCUCAGGAAGGUGACAUUUGGUGCGUUCUUCAACCGUCCGUUCGCACCAAACGUGUUGCCAGACACUUUGAGAGAGUUAACCGCAUAUUAUCAGUUCAAUUUAUCAUUCGAGCCUGGCUCAUUACCGAGUGGUCUGACUCGAUUGACAUUGGGGAACACCUACAAUCAGAUAAUACCAGCAGGAAUAUUGCCCGAAUCGUUGACAGAGCUACACCUAGGUGUGGUAUACAAUCAGCCAUUGCAAAUGGGCGCACUGCCUCAAUCAUUGCGCAUUAUGAGCUUUGGGAGAGCAUUCAACCAUGGAUGGCAGGCAGGAUUGUUGCCAUCUUCGCUCACCGAUUUGAAGCUGGGCGAGUACUUUAAUCAAGACAUCACAUUGGGCAUGUUGCCAGAGUCGUUGACCAGACUGUGCAUCAAUCAAAGUUACUGCGCCAAACUUGAUGCGCCCCACUUGACAAGUCUGGACUACAUGUGCCGUGUCAAGUAUGACCUUAAGGACAUAGCCAGCUACUCUGUGCAUCUCUAUCCAAGAAUAUCCAACUAUAACCUGUUGGUUGACAACAUUAUCCAUCGAUUACAUGUCCGUAUUCUAGACCUGAGCCUACCAAGUAUAAUGGUCAUCGACUCUAUGUUCCAUGGUUACUUUGUUCAAGGUAGUUCAUGUAUGAAUGAUCGUGGUGGGAACAAUCCAUUCAGCAAGAGAUCGUUGGAAGAGUUAAAGACAUAUCUGUCGUCCACUUGA